GGGAGAGGCACGUGGGCAGGCGCAGUGGCACGUGAGGAGCAGUUACUCUACUCUGACCUCUCCCCUCCCGCCAGCCAAUUUUGAGGGAAAACGCUUCUCCAGCCCUCCUGAGCCCCGCGUCGGACAGACCACAGGCCAGAGGGAGAGCCCGGUGAACCGUGGCUGUGUGAUGGCCGGCCGUAGCCCCCCGUUCUCCAGCACUGUGCUCCCUCCCCGGGAUGACCCUGCUGUCGAGUCCAGCCCGCCGGACCUGAUGGAGUGCCAAAGCAGUGAGGAGGGACAAGCACCCAUUCCACCGGAAAUUCCGGAGCUCCCGGCUUUGUUGGGCUCAGUACCCUCGUGUUCCUCAGACCCCAGAGGUAGGAAGAGGCAAGCCACUGGGCCCAAUCCUCAGGAAGGGCAGAAACGGCGGUGGCUGGGCAGAGAUGUGGAGGAGUCAGCCUAUCCCCCGGACGCAGACCCGCAGAAGGAAUCCUGGGACCUGUUUGACUUUGUCAGCCAGGUUGCUCAGUCCCUGGGCAAGGACGAGCCUCUGAGUGGCCCAGCUUCUUCCCGGUACCCCGUCCAUGCUCCUGCAGCCCUGGUUGUCGGGGAGGAAGAGGGUCCGGCCCACGAGGAGUUGGAGAGAGUCAUCGAUGAGCUGCAGGUGAAAGACUCAUCCUGCUGGACCCUCCCGGAUGAUGUGCUGGAUUACCUUGCCGGAGAUUCCGAUGCACCCGGUCCGGGGACCAGAGCCCCGCCAGCCUCCCCCAGUUCCCCAGUCUGCACCCCUGAGACCCUGGUUGCUGAGGAGGGGGAGGGUGCGGGGUGGUCGGGGGAGGCUCGUGAGGAGCUGGAGCAAGUCAUCUGUGAGCUGCGGGUGAAGGACACAUCCUGCUGGACCCUCCCCGAUGACGUGCUGGAUUACUUUGCCGGAGACUCCGACACUCCCGGCCCGGGGACCAGAACCCCACCAGCCUCCCCCACUUCUCCAGUCUGUGCCCCUGAGGCCCUGGCUGCUGAGGAGGGGGAGGGUCCGACAUGGUCCGGGGAAACCCACGAGGAGCUGGAGCGAGUCAUCCUUGAGCUGCGGGCGAAGGGCCCAUCCUCCUGGGCCCUCCCAGAUGACAUGCUGGAUUUCAUCACUGGAGAUUCUGACCCACCCAAACAGGGGGCCCAAGCCCCACCAGGCUCCCCCAAGUCCCCCAUCAUCGCUCAUGCAGCCGCAGCUGCUGGGGAAGGGGAGGGUCCAGCCCAGUCAGCGGUGGCCCACGAGGAGCUGGAGCAAGCCGUCCAUGAGCUGCAGGGGAAGGAUGCGCCCUGUUGGACCCUCCCAGAUGACGUGCCGGAUUACCUUGCCGAACACUCCGACCCACCGAGCCCGGUGUCCUGAGCCCCAUCAGAUGUAUUGAAUGGAAAUUCAUGGUCCAGUAAGAUGAGCUGCUUGAACAUUUGUGACCCUUAUGAGCCUGAAAAAGAAUUUGGAAUGUUAAGUAGUAAUAGUAAUUAUGAUUUCAUUUUAGAAUUAUUAAGCAGGUCUUCAGGAGUAACAUAUCCAGAGUUGGCAAGGUUCCAGAAUUUCAUGUAUGUGUUCAAAUAUGAAUUUCUUCAUCUAUCUCAGUAACACUGUACACAUUAUCUUGAAUAAAUAUGCAAAUGUCAUUUACA